AAGGUUAGUCUGCUUUGAGGUUUUUAUUGUCUGCUGGCUUCCUGGUGGGAGGACAUGUUUGCGCAAAGUGUUUGGCAGAAUCGUUUCCCUCCUGCCCUUUGGACAUCAGAAAAAGUGAUCGGGCCGAGGAUAUUAUUGUUUUUUUUUUGUCUGUAAGAAGAGGAUUUUGUUCUAAGAGACAGGAUGUCUGUGAUGAUGACCAAAGGUGAAGGGGUCACAGUGAUCACCCUGAACUCCGACCCCAGCAGUUCCUGCCCCCCCAUCUGCCAGAUCCUCAAAGGUCUUUGCUACAGCCCGGCGUUGUGCUCUGUGUCUCAGCCGCUGAAGAAGAAAGCGUCUCUGUCCAUCCUUGGGGCUAUGCAGAUUAUGAUUGGGCUCCUUAACAUCGGCCCUGGAUUAAUCCUCCGCACGAGUCAGCUCACUGCGUGGUAUCUAAAUAUGACAGAGUUUCCUAUUUGGUUGGGAGCUUUGUUCAUUGCAUUUGGCUUCAUGUGCAUUUUAUCGGAGAGGUUUCCAAGUCGGUGUUUGGUGGUCCUUAACGUCAUCGUGAGCGUAGCAGGAGUUGCUUUGUCCAUCACAGCCAUCGUUCUCUACAGCAUCUACAUAGCAACCAUGGAACCCUGGGGCUGCGACUAUGGGUACUAUCGCUACCCAACCCCUGCCACAGUGACCCAAACACCGCUGCAGGAGAAGUGUAACGAGAUCCAACAGCUGACACUGGUCCUCCUGAGGGGCUUGAACGGGGUGCUGAUCGUGUUGUCGGUCCUGGAGCUCUGUGUGGUCAUCAGCGCCGCCAUCCUGGGGAUCAAAGCUCUGAGGAGCAACAAACAAAACAAGGUUUCUGCUCCUUUACAGAUUUGAGAAGGAACAGAACAUGACCAGCCUGAUCUCUGCUGUUCAAUCUGAUUAAAUGUGUUGGACAGAAAUAUGAAGUCAGAUGCAAACCCCUGUCACUGCAGUUUAAAAAGAGACCCUCAGAAGGAAUUUCUAUAUUUUUAACAUAUAUGUGCAUGUAAAUGCAAUUUUGGCUCAAAUUUCUUUUUGCAUACUUUUACAUACUUUGAAUGAUAACUUUAUUCUCACAUUUCUGGAAAAAAGGAAGUUUUAAGAUGAAAAAUUAAAAUUGCUAUUCUUUCAUUUCUUCUAAUGACUGCAAUGACUUUGAUGUUUCGUGUGCUGGAUUGAAUAAAACUGUACUUACUGCCA